AUGGCAGCACCGCCCCCAACCCCGUCCCCAUCAAAAGUGCGGAAAGUCAGAAUCACAACCAUCCCUUCCCCAAACUCAAAGGGUAAGGAGCCGGAGAAGGUUCUCAUAGAGAGUGAGGAUGGCAUCGUCAGCUUGGAUCCAGACAACCCUGUGAAAAGAAAACCUCUCGUCAGGGAUAUACUACGCACAAGGUAUGUGGUGCCGGGGUCGGUGUUUUUGGUGGAAAGGAUGGAUAGGGAGUUAUGGGUUGAUGAUGAUGAUGAUGAGGAGGAGGAGGAGGAGGAGGAGGAGGAGGAGGAGGAGGCGAAGGAGGGUGAGAAGAGUAGAGAGGGGAAAGAAGGGAUUAGGGGUAUGGGAAAUAAAGUUGGUGAGGUGAAAAAGGAUAGGGAUGGGAAAGGGAUGGGUGAAUUGGGUGCGAAGGAUGGGUCUGCUGGGACGCGAGUAGGACCAGAAGGAGGUUCAGAUCGUCAGCGUGAGAGCGGGGAAGACAACGGAAACGAUAACAGCAGUUCCAAACCUUCGAUUUCAGGGCAGGGCUGGACAGAUGUCAGUUUUACUACAAAUGACGCAAGCAGUCACAAGCAAAAACAUCGCCAAAGGAAACGAAAGAAAAGAAGACGCUCCCGCUACCGCCCCCGUGCAGUUGCCCUAUUCCUUUCCGACGCCGAACUCUACAUUCAAGCGCUCGUCCGACCAGAAUACCACGUCUUUAUCGACUCAGGCCUGAUCUACGAAGGCGCCUACGUAAGGCUAGAUCAGGGCGCGGAGGUGGUUACUGUUCCUAAUGAGGAAGAGGAAAAAGGGGAUAUGAUAUUCCUGAUUGUCGGGGAUAUGGAGGUCGUUGGGUGGGAUAAGAAGUAUAUGGAGAUUUUGAGGGAGGAGAGGGAAAGGGAGAUGAGGGGGAUUGUGGGGUUGGAUGCCGGAGAAAGGCUUGUGGAAGGGAGUGAGGAUGAGGAUGUGGAGAUGGAGGAUGAGGAGGUGAGUGACAUGAAAGAUCAGGAGAUGGAUGAGGAAGAAGAGGAGGAGCGACCGGUAGAGGACGGAGAGAUGGAAGAGGAUGAGAUGGAUGAAGAAAAUGACAUGCAAGAGACGAAAGGUGAGGAGGAGGCUAAGGAAAAAGAGGGAGUGAGCGAGACAAACUAUGAAGAGGAACAGGACAAUAUGGCUCUCGACCAGCCCGAAGAAGUGUGCCUAGAUCAAGGGAACGAGGUUGAUCAACCGACGGUUCCCUCUACGCAAGGGUCACUACCGCCAUUCCCCCAACUUCAUCAUCCGGCGUCUCAACGGGUAGCUCAGUUCUCCAAAGAGAAAGAGACGAGACAACAAGACUCCGAGCCAAACUAUAUCGAUGACGACGAUCUUGAUCUUGAGGCCCUGCCGCUCGAGGACCAAACAACAUGUGAACAGCAAAGAGCCCCUUCUCCAACUCCCAGACAGGAUAUCAUUGACCAAACGUCUUCCUCAACCCAUUCUCCGUUUUUCACGGCUACCCUGAGCCUCAAGCCUAAGCCAAAGCCCGAUGCUAAGCCAGCGUCUGUCAUAUCACCGACUAUGUCUCUCCCGCAGGCAAAUCCUCUCCUCAAUCCAAGUCCUCCUACUUCAGCGAAAACUGCCCAACCUGCUCCAGAGCCCAUUCAACCAACUCUUCCCACGAACAACAACACGACCAAGCCUCUUUCUAAACUAUUGAACCCAGGCAUGACUUCGACCAGCGCAACCACUGCGGCAGCAACGACUGUGACCAGCCUCGAAACGGAUUACACUUUCACUUUCAAAUACCGUACUGCUACCGCCACAUCGGCUGGUCGGCCUGCUUCGAAGCCCUCAAGCACAAUGAUGACCUCGUUGAAUGCCACAACUACCUCUACCACAACAACAACCCCCAACAACAUGACUGGUGCGGCCUUUAAGCCCAACACUUCUACGGCUAGAUCAGAUGGGCAAUCUUCGUUCAAAGCUCCGAACCAAGCUACGGCCUCCUCCAGCAGUACCAGAGUGAAGCCGCCUGUUAAACAACCUCAGCCAGCGGUUAUCUUGAACAACGCAACAAGCCUAUCUCCACAACCCCUCCAACCGGCCGCCGUGACCUCCUCCACAACCAACACAGCAACGAUCCCUAAACCCCCUCUUAUCCACUGCCCCGUCCACAAACCAAAACACAAGGCCAAACUCCCCUACAAGACCGAUAACCCUUUUCAGCCCGUGAAACUCACCCCCCUCGCGGCCCUCCCCACAUUGCCUUACAAACAAAACUGGCUGCUCAACACCCUUGCCGUAGUUUUGUCGGUGUCGGAUGUCCAUCCGUACCAUUUGGGGCCGACAUAUCGCGCGAGGAGUGUGAGGGUUACUGAUGCCAGUGUUUGGCCUUGUGAAGACUCGGAUGGUUCGAACAAUAGCGAAGGAGGUAGUGAAAGGGCUGGUGGGUCUGCCAUAGGAGGAGUAAACACAAGAGGGGGGGAUACAGGGCAGAAGAAGCAACCUACUCCGAAGAUCGAUAAAGAGGGCAUCCUAUUAACAGUGCUUCUCGACCCAGACAGCUUCACACCCGAAAUCGGCAGCAUUAUUCUCCUCCUUGGAAACAGCUGGGCUGGUGUACAGAAGAAGUAG